CUCAGCUCGGUUCGGCUCGGCUCGGCUCGGCUCGGCUCACGCCCUUUCGGGAGCCGUUCUCUUUGUAGCGGCGCUUGACUGGGAGUCUGGGAGGGGGAGAUGACCGAGAGGACGCGGGGGGACGUAACGCGUGGUGUUAAUGAGGGGCUCGCAGCCUGUGUUCACCACUGAUACGGGCGCGUUCUGCGCCUGCUCUCGCGCUGCCUGUGCGCCGACCGGUUUCCUUCCCACGUCAACAAAGAAGAUGCGGUCGAGCUCCUGGUUGUUGGGGACGCCGAGAGCCGCACACACGCUCGCACCUCCGCGUCUGCGCUGAGUACUCGGUCUUCUCGGUGGUCCCGCAGAUACCGUCUGCAGUCUGUGCUCAACAUGAACGGUUUCCACUGUAGCGCCAUCGCGCAUCUGACCGCUCCAGUGGACGCACCAAAAACGUCCAAGUUCGUUUAAGCUCAGUCAUUACUGGACUGGUCGAAAGCUGGACCUUCGGGCGAACAGCGGUGCAGGGAGAUGACGCGACGUGCUCAGCAGGUUCUGGAGCUUUAUUCCGUUGUCUGUGUUCGUGUGUUGUUGGGAACCAUGAGGCAUGACAUGCCGCUGUGGCCCAAUGCGGACCCGGUUGCAGGGGGAGAUUGAGUGCUGCUGAAGUCUCAAGGCUCUGAGCCUUCUGGAGUACUGCCAUGACCAGUCAAGGUGGCAGCAAUGGGGACACACCCUCUCCUCCGCCUUCAUCCUCGUUACUCAGGCCGCCUGCAGGCCCGAAGCUGCAAGUGCAGCGCUCAUUGUCCCGUGACACAAUCACCAUCCACUUCUCAGCUCAGGGCAAGGAGGAGGAAGAGGAGGACGAGGAGCUCUACAGACUGGCUGUCUCCUCCUCUGGUCAGGAUGGAGAUGAUCAAGGAAUAGUAACAGCAAUGGAAGCCAGCGAGGAGUUAUUGUUCGAGGGGGCAGGAAUGGGGACAGAUUCAGGAGUGCUCCCUGUUACUUCUGCCAUGGUAUCAUCUCUCCCGGUCACACACACCCUUAGUUCAGCCCUAGCCAUCCAGCCACCACCCUCCAGCUUGCCCUCCUCCACCUCAUCUGUCUGUAGCCCUGCCAGCUCCUCUUGGCCUUCUGAGCACCAACGGCCCCAACCCCCUCCCCUCGCAACCUACUCCUCCUCUUCCACCUCCUCUCCAGCAAAGUCUUCGGCCGUGCACUCAAAGCCAUUCCUCAGUCUGGUCAAGUCUCUCUCCACUGAAGUGGAGCCUCGUGAAGGCAGUGUGUCAACACAUGCCCCUCAACCCAUGCGCCACCGCCACCUGAUGAAGACUUUGGUGAAGUCUUUGUCCACUGACACGGCCCGACCCGAACAAGAAAUCCCAUCCCAUCGCCUGCCAGAUUCCCGCCUCAACCUGCACCUGUUUAAGCCUUUCACGCAGCCUCGUGUCACCGCGCCUCCAGGUGGCGACUCCAAGACGGCACCAUCUUCGCCUCUUACAUCACCCGAUGGACGUUCCUUCUUUAAAGUGCAGGAGGUGGAGGCUCGUAUCGAGGACACCAAGCGGCGUCUUUCAGAGGUCAUGUGCGAACCCUUGCAGUUACUCAGCAAGAUCAUCGGUGAGGAAGGAGGAAGUACCACCACCAGCACUUCCACGACUGGGAUGACAACAGGCAUCCACCGACCCAAAAGCCUCUCCACCAGCGCCACAGAGCUAUCCAACCUGGCCACCCUCAAUGGCCACUUGGAGAGCAACAAUGACUACUGCAUCAAAGAGGAAGAGGAUGUGGAGGGGGACAGUCCACUAGCUGGUGCUGACCCGUUGCCGGCCCUACCCAGGUCACCCUCACUGGGCCUGGACCGUUGCUUCAUGUCGGCCCUGGCCCGCCAAGAGGACGAGGAAUUCUACGAACUCUACAGUGAAGAUUUUGAGCUGUGCACGGAUACGGAGGCUGAUGCAGAACCCGCCGACUCAGGCCUGCUCCUACGGGGUAGCACAGCAGGCAGUGAGGAACCAACCGAGGGGGAGGAAGAAGGGGAGGAAGAAGAGGAGGAUGAGCCUCUGGGCGUACCGCAUAAUGGACUAAUCCUGCUUAUUUCCAUAGUGUACGGCUACUUUGUGCUGCCACUGCCCACAUACGUAGGUGGGGUGUUACUGGGAGUAGCUGCUGGCUUCAUGCUAGCGAUAUUGGUGCUGUGGCUCUCAGCCCCUCGCCGGUCCUCCUGGGGCCCUUGCUUCAGCCGGUGUAGGAGAGAGCGCUGGACUGUGGUCCCCCUGGACAUCAAGGAGCCGGGCAUCUACAAGGGCUGGAUGAACGAAAUUCACAGCUAUGAUCCGGAGAUGUAUCACGCCACACUCACUCAUUCGGUGUACGUGCGUCUGGAGGGCUCAGUGCUGCGCCUCUCCAAACCCAACCGCAACAUUCCCCGUCGGGCCAGCUUUAACGAGACCAAACCUGAUGUCACCUACAUCAGCCAGAAGAUCUAUGACCUGACCAACAGCAAGAUCUACUUGGUGCCUCAUAGCCUUGCCAGAAAACGUGUGUGGAACAAGAAAUAUCCCAUCUGUAUCGAGCUGGCCAAGCAAGAUGACUUCAUGUCCAAGGCUCAGGGAGACAGGACUGAAGCCGCGGAAGAGAAGCCUCCUGCUGUUGUGGAGAAGGCAGAGGGGCUAGGGGGUGGUGAGGAAAGCAAGCGGUCAUCCGCAGACCCAGUCCUGUACCUGUUUGGGAGAACAGGAAGGGAGAAGGAGGAAUGGUUCAGGAGGAUGCUGCUGGCCUCCAGGCUCAAAGCUGAGAUGAAGAAGCCUCCCAGCCUCCCUGCAUCCUUCCUCCCCUCCCACGGCCGCGGAAGCAGCCAAUCAGGCGCUCUCUCACACAGUCGCAGUAGUAGCCGAGGCAGCCUGGACGACCUGCUCCAGUCUCAGUCUCGGCAGAAGGACGUUGGCACAGGGGCGAAACAGAAAGAUCUGGACUACAAUGUCUACAUGGCUAAAUACAUCAGCCACUUCUCAGGAAGCCCUGCUGCCAGCCCUGUUCACAGUACAGACAGCAGCCCAAGAACAGUGAAGAAGUUUCCAGAUGGUUUGAGCGCAGAGGCCGCGUCCGAGGCCUGGGUCAAUGCCCUCUUGGGCCGCAUUUUCUGGGACUUCCUCAGGGAGAAGUACUGGGCUGAUGUAGUGUCCAAAAAGAUCCAAAUGAAGUUGAGCAAGAUCCGGCUGCCGUACUUCAUGAACGAGUUGACGCUUACUGAGCUGGACAUGGGCAUGGCCAUCCCCAAGAUUCUUAGGUCCUCCAAACCUUCAGUGGACCAUCAGGGUCUGUGGUUUGACUUGGAAAUCUCUUACAAUGGUUCUUUCCUGAUGACUCUGGAGACCAAGAUGAACCUGGCCAGGCUUGGGAAGGAAGGAGAGGGCCUUGGAGAACAAGGAAAAGAGGGGCCCAGGCCACGCACAUACUGCCUGGCUGACAGCGAUGAGGAGUCGUCCAGUGCAGGAUCAUCUGAUGAAGAAGAUCCAGCAGAAGUACCUGAAGUGCCAGGAGUGGAGGGCUACGUCGGGGGACACCGGCCAAGCAAGAUUAUGCGCUUCGUGGACAAGAUUGCCAAGUCAAAGUACUUCCAGAAGGCCACCGAGACAGAGUUCAUCAAGAAGAAGAUGGAGGAGGUGUCCAAUACCCCUCUGCUCCUGACUGUGGAAGUGCAAGAGUGCCGAGGCACACUGGCCGUCAACAUUCCUCCUCCCCCAACGGACAGAAUAUGGUAUGGCUUCAGAAGGCCACCUCACCUGGAGCUGAAAGCCCGACCUAAGCUCGGGGAGAGGGAGGUCACGUUCGCACAUGUGACAGACUGGAUUGAGAAGAAAUUGGAUCAGGAAUUUCAGAAAAUAUUUGUUAUGCCAAACAUGGACGACGUAUGGCUGCCCAUCAUGCACUCAGCCAUGGAUACUCGGUCCAGUGCGAACUUGGUUACUGUGACAACCGAUGCCUUGAAAGGUGUGGAGACUCUGGACCUUGAAGAUGCUGUGGAUGACCUGUGAAAGCUGCUCCAAGUGUCAAAAACGAUGGGGAACAUGUUACUGGAGUCCAAUCAGGGCACUUAUCCUUACUUUUCCAAAGGUUAGAUGCCAAGUUGGCUGUAAGAACGAGUCCAAAUGCAUGUUAAUAAUGCAUUGAACACGGAAUUAAGCCUGAACGGAUGGUUGAACCAAGUAAAAGCCCUGUUGAAUAACGCUUCAUGCACAGAGCCAGUUUUGAUGGUGUCUGAAAUUCCUUGGGAAAUUUUAGCGUACAGCAGGGGAAUCAACGUACAAAGGACAGCAGCUGCACCAAACAUCUGGACUGGAGACCUCUUGAUGGUAUGUGAAGCUGUAAGCUACCAUCCUACUGAAGGUCUCAGGCGACAUGUAACUGCUUCAGUGCUUUUCUGACAAAGUCAGAAGCUUUUUACCUCUUUCAUUUGCAAGCGAGGAUGGAUGGCCAUCUGGCUCCUGCUCAGGUCAGGGCUCCAUGCUGGCCACUGCGAUAUUCCAAUGCCACUCAUUUAAAAUCAUGCAUUAACUGUCCCUCCUACCCUAUGUUAUCAUUUACAGUUGUAGGAGUGUCUUCUGGUAGGCUAGAAUGCAUACCUGCAGUCUUGCGAGAGUCCUAAACGCCCUGUAACAGCAUCCUUUCAAUACCGUACACUAUGAUGACAAGGGGGAGCUUUACGUGUUUGUGUAUGCCAUGAUGUUCAUCUGCUUUUUGCAUCCAAUGCACAUGUGCUUUGUUGAACAUAUACACCAACAUGUAGGUACCUCCCGCCACCGACCUCCGCCAAUCACAUUGCUGCCUGAGGCAUCUAUGUGGCAUUUAAUUAUGCAAUUAGAUCAAUUUCACUGUGCUCAAGGACACCAGCUAAUACCCCAUCCACCCCAAAAAUGACCCUACUCAAGCUGGCUAUUCUAGUGGGUUCAAACAAGGCACUUUCCAUAGACCUUGAGUGUCUUCUCCCAACCAUUGCCUUUCUGCAGCUGUCUGGAAAUGAAAUGGCACUUCGAAGUGCUAAUAACAUAAUUUUACACCGUACUCUCUCUCUCUCUCUCUCUGCCAUGAACUUGUAUAUGUCAUUGUGCAAUACGGAGAAGCCAUCUGAAUGUAUAAAUCAUUGCCUGAUCAUCUCAA